CAAAAAAGAGAAAAACAAGACUUUUGGAACUGCGCUUUAUUUAUUCAUUAUUUUCACUAUUUUGCAAAAAUAAUGCACAUAUAUUGGCGCCAGCAGCCGCCACCAAGCAAAGAACACCCUAAAAAGUAAGUGGCGAGACCCGAAUAGCGUUUAAACUGCGUUUAUUUGCCACAUUUCCGUGUUCCCUUAAAAGAAAACAAUAACAAAGGUCUGGUGUUGUUAUUGUUGCUGCUGCUGCUGCCCUCGCUGGAGAAAUAAAGUAAAACGCACAAAGCGGAAAACCUUGGGAUUGUGAUCAGAGCAUUGACCAUGUCGUGGUUCAAUCCCUGGGAUGGCCUCAAGACCAAGAUGUGUCGCUACCUCCUGCAGCGUUAUUUGGGUCAAUUUUUCGAGAAUAACCUGAAUUUGGAGCAGCUAAAGGUGGAUCUCUACAAUGGCAAGGCGGUGGUGGAGGAUAUAUUCCUAAAAGUGGACGCUUUCAACGAUCUCUUCGAGGAUCAGGGCUGGGCCUUUGAGGUGGUAUCGGGUCACAUCGGCUGCCUGACCGUGGUCGUGCCCUGGAAUGCCCUGAUGACCAACGACAGCAGCCUGGAGAUCUCCAACUUGACGAUAACCCUGCGCCCUGUUACGCGACACCAGAGCGGCACCACGAUGCUGGAAUCCAUGUGGUCAUCGGUUAGCAGCUCCAUGCAAAUGGCCGAGGAGUGCAUGAAGCAGGUGGAUGACGAUGUACCCUUCCUGAAUCACAAUAACGCCCUGAUCGGGCUGGAGAAGUUCGCGGAGACCAUUGACAAUGUGCUGAAUCGCAUUCGCGCCAAGCUAACGAACACAACGCUAAAUAUUGAGUAUCUGCUGCCUCGCUCGGACCGGAAACUGGUGCUCUCCGUCCAGGCCAGCCAUGUGGAGUACAAGAAUAAGACGGGCUACGAGAUGAUGUCCAUGUCCACCUCCCAGAACACCGAUACGGAGACGGAGACGCACGAGGAGGAUCCCAAUGGCAGCUUUAAUGCCCUGCCCAUGAUAGCCAAGCACAAUCUGGUGAUCGAGGGACUGAGUCUGCACACCUCCGAGGUCCUGGACGUCUACCUGCCCACUCCCUACGAGCAGCUGUGCAAGAUCGUUGAGCUGAAGGGCGCCCAGAACAUACAGAUCAAUAUCAAGCAGACGGAGAAUAUAGUGGGGCCCAAGGUGAGCCUAGAACUCAGCCUGGACGACAUCUACUUUAUGCUCACGCCCCGGCAGAUACACCUGCUCGUGGAGCUCUCCAAGGGCUUUAAUAGCGGCGGGCAGCAGGAGCGACCGAAGAAGGGACGCAGCCUCAAGUCAGCGCCGCCCAGUGAGUACCAACAGCAGCAGCAGCAGCCCACCAGGAUGACGGGAAUCCUUGGCCAGAAUGCGGACUGGUCAACGGGUCUAACGGAGCCGGAACCUUCGGAAUACUCGGGUGGCGGAAGCUUUGCCCCCCGCAGCGUUUACGCGCGUAGCAGAAAAAUGAGUGAGUCCACCAACAGCAUGCUCACAUCCUGCACAAAUACGCUGCAGCAGGAGCUGGGCUACACGGAAAAGUCCGGGGAGAUACUCAAGUUCAAGGUGCAAAUCUCCAAACUAUAUGGCGUGGCGCUGCACAAUGAUAUUCUCAUCCAGAAUACCGCCCACAUUGAUAGCUGCAGCAGGGUCUUUGAUCAGGCGAGCUACCAACGAUAUUCGGACACUGCCAGUGGUUUCUUUCGGGGCGCCCUCCUCGAGCAUCACCUGCCCCUGGAGCAGCAGCAUUAUCUCCUCUUGCGCGCCGCUCCGAUCAUAGUGAGUGGCAGCCAGCAGCGUUACUUCCAGGAGCUCACAUCGCGAACAACUCUGUCGGCGACGGCGGUGGAUCUCUGCGAGAUUCUGGAUGAGGUCCGCGAGCACCUGCUGCUGUUCGAUCGCCAGCGAAACUGCCCGGAUGGCUAUCACAUCCGACCCGAGAUCGUAAUCACCCAGAGUUCCUCGUUUAUGUUCAAGCAGAACCACAAUCGUUGCACCAACAAAAUCGAAUGUAUUCUGGAUGAAUGCACAGCGGAACUGGAUAUAUCCAUUUACGAUCGACUGGGAGCCCUCUUUGGCAGUUCCCCCUUUGCCAGGGAUUCGGAGGCAGUUGCUCCGGCUGAGGUUUAUCCUGAUUCUGAUCCCAAUCAAACGGAGUUGAGUGUAAAAUGCGAGAAUCUUCGCCUGCAGCUGCGUUUCCCAGUGGUAGAUGGCAGGGCGGCCAAUGAUCCGCAAAAGAUACCCUGGUGGCAGAAGAACGUACGUCAGGAUUUCCUUGCCCUGGAAUUCCGUUCGCUGGUGGUCAGCUUCAGGUCUCAGAUCAGCAUUGCUUCGGAUGAACUGGAGGCGUAUUACUGCGAUGCGGAGAAGCAGAGUGCCGUGCAUCUGCUGAGGUGCCAGCAGUCGAACAAGAAGAAGAUCCAAAUCGAUGUGCUCCAGCUGAGGGAGAGCAGUGAAGCCGGAGCAAAGAAGCCACCGCGUAAGUCACCCUUUAGCUCAAAGUGUACCUUUGGUUAUACGUCCCACGUGGAGGGUUUGGACAGUAGCUUGGACAAAACGGAUUCCCUGUUGCCCGGGGAGACGGAGGAGAUCAAUGAAUUUUGCGAUAGCUGCACUCAAGCCUCCAAGCUGAAGAUCUUCGCCUUCAUUCCGCUGGUCAAGGUGGUGCUGGAGUCCAAGGAGAUGUACGAGUUGAUAUACAAUCGCCUGAAUGGUGAUCUCUUCAUGUGGGAGCCACGUUCGCCGCACUACGAAAUUAACCCAGAGGGGGAAACGGGAGAGGGUAGGCACUUGGAGGCUGAGCCGCAGCUGGAGGAGUUCCGGCGGAAUCAACUUCUCAGUACCAGCGCCAUGGAGAGCAGCAUUUACUUUUCCAUGGCGGCUUCUAAUCCUCCUCCGCCGCCGCCUCCUGUGGCCAAGAUUCCCAAUGAAGCCUUCUCCUUCGAGCUAUUUGUGGAGGAGGGUUCCCUGAUCCUAUUUUCUCACUUCCUGGAUCCCGAGACCAAUCAGCGGGCCAAGGAGUGCGGCAAGUUCCAGGUGAAUCUCAAGGAACUGCGUCUCUUCACCGUCAAUGGCCUGGAUAACGAUGCGAACAGAAGCUUCUUUUGCAUACAGCUGGGCGAGAUUGAGGCCCUGCAUUGUGGCCACACUCGACAGGAUCUAGACCUAGCUUGGAGUGAUUUACCCGACAAGAACCUACUCCCCACCAUCCACAAUUUCCCCAAGACUCAGCAGGCAGGUGGCCGAAGGAGACUGGAGGUUCUGUCCGUGGUGGCCGAGAUCAAGAAGCAACCGGAGCAGCGGAUAAAGCGCAUGAAGAUGUCCUUUGGCAUUACGGGAGCCAUUCUGCAGCAUCACUCGUGCCACUCGGAGCACAGUUGGCUGAAUCAACUCAUGGACUUCAUGGACGUGGCUGACUUUCCCAUCGAGGAGUACGAGCCCUUUGCCGUGGUCUCCGAGCUGCAGCUGCAUGUUUGGAAUUCCGGCAUUGACUACCGGCCGAGAUUCUUCCCCCAGCGAGCCUUCCUGGACCUGGGCUAUUGCACGCUGAGCAGCAACAUUAUAUCCUCCAUGAGCGGCUGUACCCUGCGGCUCCUGGCCGAGGACUGUGUGCUCCAGUUGGGCUGGGUUGCGGCGUCCCAGGAGGCGAUGAUACCAGUGCUGAACCUUGGCCUACUCAACAUAUCCUUCAGGUUGAACGAGGAGGGCAAGGGACAGCCGCGGGUGGAUUUGCGCUCCUCCAUUCACGACAUGCACAUGAUGACCUGCUACGACUCGGCCUCGGCUCUGGCCCAGCUAAUAGCUUAUGUGGCCAACGAUAGGGACCUGACACCGCCGCCCGAGGAGCCCGUGCUGAAUGAGGAAGCCGCACAAGCCGCAGAGCCCAAGUCGUUUGAAGAUCAGGAAGUGAGCGAUCAAACCCAAAACCAUGUGAACAAACUAAUGGCCGAUGCUGUGAUGGAUGUGGAGUGCUCGCCCAAUCCCAGGGUUACCAAGUCGCCAAACGGAGGAGAGGAGGGCAUUGAGAUCUUCUACUUCCCAGAUGAGCCCAAGGAGAAGAGAAAAUCGACGCCGGUGAAGCCGCAAAGCAAAUCCCUGAUGGUGGAGAGCCCCUCGGUGAUUGGCGACAUCUUGGACUUUGAGUCCAACGUCAUCCUGCAGUCCUACUACGAACAGAGUCAGGUGCAGCAGUCGCAGGAUAGUCUGGGUCUGGGGUCCGAGGUACAACUGGAGCUGGGAUCACUGGGUAACGGUUCCCUUCUGAUGGAGGAACGCGACUUUGAUAUUAUCCACGACGAGGAGAUCUCGCGCAUGGACAAGUUCGGGGUCAAGCAAAUCUACGUCUCCGAGGAGCCGCUCCAGAUUGUGGACAAUCACUUCUGCUUGCCCCACGAAAAGGUGGAUUUGCUGCGUCCGCCGGCCAACUUCCCGGUGGCCGAAAGCAGUUAUACCCUCUGCGAAAUGACCUUCACCUGGCAUCUUUAUGGCGGAAGGGAUUUCCCCGAUGAAUCGCCCAAAAAGUCAGGAUCUACAACCGCCUCAUCCAGUGGCUUUGGCAUGUCUGAUACGUACAAGUAUGGCGUGUCCCAGGCACAGGAUCAAGAGAAGCCGGAGAGAAAAAGCUCAAAGAGAGGAUUGCCCAAGGAGCCCAAGGGCUCCAAUCGCAAUUUGGAGGUUCUGGUGGAGAUUCAGCUGUCAAAGAUUCGAUUUUCCUACGAAACCUAUCCCCUGACAUCCAUUUACUCCUCCCGUCAGGUGCUCCUGGUCUCAGAAAUCGAGAUCAGGGACCGGCUGCGCUCCUCGGACAUCAACAAGUUUCUCUACCAUCCCGCUGGCAACAAUUUGUCCCACAAACCGGACGAGAAUAUGGUGAUAGUAAAAGCUCUAAAUGUGCGUCCCAAUCCGCAGAAGAGCAGCGCCGAGGAGUGCUCCCUGCGCGUCUCCAUUCUGCCCAUCAAACUUAACAUCGACCAGGAUACGCUGCUCUUCCUCGAGGACUUCUUUUCGGGUAUGUUCCGGAAUUCCAGCAGCAGCAGCAGCUCCUCCAGUAAAGCGGGGGGCAGUGGCUCCUCCAAUUCGACAGACAUGCCAGUGAUGUCAGUUAGCAAGCUGCCGGACGAUCUAACCGACGAGCUGCCCGCCGAGUCCGAGGUCAAAGAGAUGGUCGAACGAAAUCUGAAUGUGCUGAUUGAGGAGAACAGCCUGGACACGGAGCUGGAGGAGGAUCCGGCCACUGCUACGCCCGUGUUCUUCCGCGAGGUGAUCUUCAGUCCUGCUUUGCCCAUUUGCUUUGAUUACCAUGGCAGGCGAAUAGAACUGUCGCGGGGACCCGUCACCGGACUCAUUAUGGGCUUGGCUCAGCUCCAGGGAUCUGGGAUCUGCCUGCGUGAGAUCGUCAAUCGUCGGGGCAUCCUUGGCUGGAAUAAGCUGUGCGAAUUUCUGGCCAAGGAGUGGCUAAAGGACAUCAAACGCAACCAGUUGCCCAACAUCUUGAGCGGCAUUGGGCCCACAAAUGCAGUCCUGCAGCUCUUUCAGGGCGUCUACGAUCUCUUCCGCCUGCCCAUCGAGCAGUACAACAAGGAUGGCCGAAUCAUUCGAGGCUUCCAGCUGGGAGCACAGAGUUUCACGGCUCGCACAGCACUGGCCGCCUUGGAGAUCACCUCGAGGAUCAUACAUUUGCUGCAAUUCACAGCCGAGACCACCUUCGAUAUGCUCUCGGCGGGACCAUCGCUGAAGAAGCGGAAGGGCGGCCGGCAUGGCGGCAAGAGGCGGCGACAGGGACGACCCAAGGAUCUGCGUGAGGGUGUGGCCAAUGCCUACACCAUAGUGAGGGAGGGCAUCAACGAUUCGGCCAACACACUCAUCGAAGCGGCGAUCACGGAGCACGACCAGAAGGGUUACAGCGGAGCUGUGGGCGCCGUGGUGCGCCAAAUCCCUCAGCUUGUUGUCUGCCCCGCGGUGCUGGCCACCCAAGCCACCACCAAUAUUCUGGGCGGCGCCAAAAGCUCGCUGGUGCCGGAGGCCAAGCUGGAGGCCCGUGACAAGUGGAAGCAAGAAAUCCACUAAAGGGGAGUUAGGUUUACAGUAGCUGUAGUUCACACGGGGCUAACAACACAAUAACGUAAUGUUUUCUAUUGUUUUACUAACAAUAUUUUACAUAAAAUAAUGUAUGUACAUAAGAGGAGGCACAAAGACGAGGAAUGCCGAGUGAUGAUGAUUCCGGAAUGGGUGUGAUUGAACUUAUCCUUUCUAUUAAGCCAUAUUUACAGUACAUGAAAGUUAUAUUUUUUAUUAUUUUACCAAAAUAAAAGUGUAUAUAAAAGAAUGUA